CCUUUUAUUACCUUACAGGUCUAAAUAACCUGUAUCUUCAAAACAACAACAUCACAAGCCUGUCCAGCAGUAUGUUCAACAGGUUAUCAAACUUGGAAUACCUUAACUUGCAAAACAACCAGAUAACCAGUUUAUCAUCUAGCACAUUUCAGUAUGUUACAAAUUUACGGUGGCUUUACUUGUCUAACAACAUGAUUGGUAGCCUUUCAAGCUAUGCUUUCUCUGGUCUUACUCAGUUACAGUAUCUCUAUCUUCAGAAUAACAGGCUCACCAGCUUAUACUCUUCCAUGUUCCAAGGAAUGGGGUCUUCUACCCAACUGAGAACACUAGACAUUUCCAAUAAUCGAGUCAGCAGUAUAUCAUCCAACACUUUUCAAUACAUGACGAACUUACAAACUUUAAACCUUCGCAACAAUAUGCUUACAGGACUAACCACCAGUAAUAUGUUCUAUGGCUUACAGCAGCUUCAAACACUACAAUUAAAUGGAAACCGCCUCAGCUCUAUUUCUGCUGGCAUGUUCAGUAGCAUGUCUCGCUUGGCUUACCUAUACCUGAAUGACAAUAACUUGCAAUCCUUGAGCUAUAAUGUAUUUAGUGGACUUGGCCAUACAUAUUUCCAAAUUCUACACUUGUAUGGGAACAAUAUUCACUCCCUGCCUUCAAACAUCUUCAGUUACACUCGUUAUGUUGUACAACUCCGACUGGAUGACAAUAGACUGAUUACCCUUCCAUCUUCAAUCUUCUCCCAGUUGUCUCGACUUCAGAUCCUCCGGCUCAACCAUAACCUUCUGACUUCCUUGCCAUCUAGCAUCUUCAGUCAGCUGUCAUCAUUGACAAGCCUCUACCUUAACGACAACCAACUCAGAACCUUGUCAAGUAGUGGGUUUAGUGGACUGAAUAACCUGCGAUAUCUGUACCUUCAGGACAACUACAUACAUGCAGUAGCAGCAAAUGCAUUCAAUGGUUUGAGCCAGCUGAUCACUCUGAACCUCCAAAACAACGAUGUGACUAUGCCACCAGCCAAUGCCUUUAACGGCCUCACAAAUUUGCAAAACCUGAAUAUCAAUAACAACAAUUUGACAAGGUUGCUUCCAAAUGCAUUUCAGGGAUUAAACAACUUGCAGACAUUGAAAAUGCAAAACAGCCAGGUCCAGAUUCUUGCACCAAAUACUUUCUCUUCUCUCCCAAACUUGGCAACAUUGCAUCUUCACCAAAAUGAUAUUGAGGUUCUUGUAACAGAUGUGUUCAAUGGAUUAGGACAGCUUACAAAUCUGCAGCUGCAGAAUAGUACCCUUCACUUCAUCCAGCCAGGUGCAUUUAAUGGGCUCCUAAGGCUACAAACUUUGUCCCUAAACUUUAACAGUUUACAGAACAUCACCACUGGUGCCUUCAACGGGCUUCCAGCUCUUCAGACUUUGCAGCUUCAAGAUAAUCAGAUCAAGGUGAUACAGGAAGAUUCUUUCACACAGAACCAAAACUUGCAGACUCUGAAUCUGGACCAUAACAGGGUUCAACUUCAGGCUGGAGCAUUAAAUGGGCUAGGUCAAUGUCACACUCUAAGCCUCAGCUACAAUGGACUCAAAGUCUUGCCUGCAGAUGCCUUUUCACACCAAAUCAGGCAAAGCCUUGUUACUCUGGACCUGAGCUUCAACCAGCUUUCAGAAAUUCCUUCCAAUAUAAUAUUACAUCUGUCAAACCUGACAACUCUUCAUAUUCAUCACAAUAUGUUCACCACUCUCCAGGCUAACUCAUUUAGUGGCCUGGGAAAUUUGGUGACACUAAAUCUGUAUCAUAACAAAAUCAAAUCAGUUGACAGCUUCAGCUUUAGGGGGCUCUCUGCUUUGCAAUCACUGAACUUGGGACAUAAUCAGCUUGACUAUCUGCCAGAAGAUCUUUUUAUCAAUCUGCAAAACCUACAAACCCUGAACCUAGAGUCAAACUCACUCAGACAAAUCUCAGACGGUACAUUUCAAGCACAGAGUCAUCUGUUAACUCUAAACCUUGGUUCAAAUCAGAUCAGUACUGUCCCUGUUGGAGCUUUAGCAAACCUGUCAAGCCUUAAUUUCUUGGAUCUUCAGAAUAACAACUUCAAAACACUAAACAUUGAGGCCUUUCAGUUACUCAACACAUUAACUAAUGGCACUAACCUUAACCUACAGGGGAAUCCCUGGGUAUGUGACUGUCAGAUACUCAGAACUAGAUUCAGCAUGUCAGGUGCCCCCUUUGAGUCUACCAUAAUCUGUGGCAUUGAUGUAAACCCAGCUGAUAUAGCUGGACAUGCCUUACGUAGCCUUGAUCCACAAUCUCUCAGGUGUGAAGGUCCAACUGUUCUGUCUUUUACCAUACUCAAUAUCAGUAACUCCAUUUCAACAGGUGACAAUCUCACGAUGUACUGUGAAACUACUGGGUUUCCCAACCCUGAUUUAGAGCUCCUUGUGCCCACUGGGGAAAGUAUCAGGCCAGGUGAUUGUGCCAAUGGUACAGAUGUCUGCAUGUUGAGCAAUGGUACUGUUUUAGUUCAUAGCGUAGAAGGAGACCAAGAAGGGGUGUAUCAAUGCAUUGCCUCAAACCCAGCAGGGUAUGCACACAGUAGAAUGUCAAUAACACUAAACCAUGGACCAGAUAGACCAGGAUCCAGUGCAAGCAUCUCUGUUGCUACCUUUGCCGGUAGCGUGUGUGGUUCUGUCCUUGGUACUGCAAUCCUUUGCACACUUGUGUUUCUUGUCUGUAGUAAGAGGCAGCAAAAAACUCCUCCACCCACAGAUCAGAGUGUUGUAUUCAGUAAUAUAAUGGCUACUUCUGAAGAUUCACAAGACAGUGUGAGAAAUCCUUGUCAGUUGUCCCUUUCGGGAAGUACGGCACAGGCAAAAGGGAGGCCACCAAGAAAGGCACUGAAACCACCAAAAGUGCAGAAACAAGCUUUUCCUCAGCAGCCCCCACUUCCUACAACCACUGUGCAAGAGGAUCGUUAUACCUUAGCCCCAACCUCUACAGAGGUAUACGAGGAAGUCUGUGUGCCACAGUAUGAACAAAAGGAAACAAGACAUACAGCACAGGCAAAAGGUGGGUCACGAAGAAAGGCACUGAAACCACCAAAAGCCCAGAAACAGUCUGUUCCUCAGCUGCCUCCAAAUCCCCCUCCCUGUUUUGAAGAAACUGCUAUAUAUAUGAAUGAUUCAGAAGUCCUGUACAUGAAUGAACCACAGGAGAUAUACAUGAAUGAACCAGGUGCUACUGCUAUGGAGUAUUAUCAAUCACUGCAGAACCCUAGCCAAUGAUUGGAACCUAUAAUUUAAAUUUCCAAAGUAUAUUAUGUACUAAGAUAGCCAGCUUCUUGUUUGUGCUUAUUACACUAUUAGAUAUGUCAUGAAUAUAGUAGAAAAGGGAAGAACUCUUACCAUUUCUGUACCUAUAUAUACCAUAUGGUAUAAAGAGCAAUUGUGUGAUAUACAUAUAUCCUUAUAGGCUACAAUCAUUAAGGUUAUCAUUGUAUUUGUAUUGUCUGUAGAGAGUAAGGAGGUGAAGUACCAUAUAUGUAUAUAUGACAAACAUAAAAAAUAUGUAUUCAGAGACAAAGUGGUACCUAAUAACCUAUUAAGCUGAUCAUUUCAAUUUGUGUAAUCUUGUGAUAUUUCUUGUGUAGUAAUAUUAGCCUGAGUAAUUUGAAAGAUAUUAAGAUAUCUGUAUCUGUAUCUGUAUUUGUAUAGCCGGUAUAACCGCCUUUCGGCGUAACACACCAGCUUCGCAGGCACGCGGCGCGGCGAUAUACUGCUUGUUAAGAACUAUCUGUAACAGACUUAGAAUACAGUACAAAUAAAUGGCACAUGGUGUAUGU